GGCCGCUCCGGAGAGGCGACAGCAAACGGCCCCGGGAUGGCCCGGCGAGCGGGCGCUUUGGCAGUGGGCAACCUAUGCGCGGUGCGGGCCCGGGGACAGCCCCCGAGCUGGUAGCCGCCCCACGCCAGAUGGACCUUGACCCGCGCCGCGGCACCGCGUUCGUGCCAAGCCACGGCUAGAGGGGCACGGGCGUAGCGUGCUCCGGGAGGACGCCCGGAGCCCAGGCCGCGCUCGCCGGCGCGGCCAUGAAGAUGAUCCUGGUGCGCAGGUUCCGCGUGCUCAUCCUGAUGGUGUUCCUGGUGGCCUGCGCGCUGCACAUCGUGCUGGACCUGCUGCCCAAGCUGGAGCGGCGCGCCGCGCGGCCCUCGGGGGAGCCUGGCUGCUCUUGCGCGCAGCCCGCGGCCGAGGCGGGGGCCCCCGGCUGGGCCAAGGCGCGCGGCCGCCCCGGGGAGCCCCCGGCCGCAGCCUCCGCCGGCGACGCGGGCUGGCCCAACAAGCACACGCUGCGCAUCCUGCAGGACUUCAGCUCUGACCCCUCCUCCAAUCUCACGUCCCACUCGCUGGAGAAACUGCCGCCUGCAGCCGAGCCCGCCGAGGGCGCCUUGCGGGGCCAGGACCCCGGCGCCCCGCGACCCCGCAAUCCCGCACACCGGCCGCUGCUCCGGGACCCCGGCCACGGUCGGUCGGUGCCGCCCCCUGGCCCCAGCGGGGAUGGAUCCCUCCUGGCCAGGCUGUUCGAACACCCGCUCUACCAGGUGGCCGUCCCGCCGCUGACAGAGGACGACGUCCUUUUCAAUGUGAACAGCGACAUCAGGUUCAACCCCAAGGCGGCGGCGGCGGCGGCGGCGGAGAACCCCGACUGGGCACACGAAGGAGCUGAGGAUGAGGAAUUCUCACCCACGGGGGAGGCGGCCAUCGACUCCUACCCCAACUGGCUCAAAUUCCAUAUCGGCAUCAACCGGCAUGAGCUGUACUCCAGAAACAACCCCUCAAUCGAGGCCCUGCUGCGCGACCUUGGUGCUCAGAAGAUAACCAGUGUCGCCAUGAAGUCGGGGGGUACGCAGCUCAAGCUCAUCAUGACGUUCCAGAAUUACGGGCAAGCGCUGUUCAAACCCAUGAAACAAACGAGGGAGCAGGAGACGCCCCCUGACUUCUUCUAUUUCUCUGACUACGAGAGGCACAAUGCAGAGAUCGCGGCCUUCCACCUAGACAGGAUCCUGGACUUCCGCCGGGUCCCGCCCGUGGCUGGCAGGAUGGUUAACAUGACCAAGGAGAUCCGGGACGUCACACGGGACAAGAAGCUGUGGAGGACCUUCUUCAUCUCUCCAGCCAACAACAUCUGCUUCUACGGGGAGUGUUCCUACUACUGCUCCACGGAGCAUGCGCUGUGCGGGAAGCCGGACCAGAUCGAGGGCUCGCUGGCGGCCUUCCUGCCGGACCUGUCGCUGGCCAAGAGGAAGACGUGGCGCAACCCCUGGCGGCGUUCGUACCACAAGCGCAAGAAGGCGGAGUGGGAGGUGGACCCCGACUACUGCGAAGAGGUGAAGCAGACGCCCCCCUACGACAGCAGCCACCGCAUCCUGGACAUCAUGGACAUGACCAUUUUCGACUUCCUCAUGGGAAACAUGGACCGCCAUCACUACGAGACUUUUGAGAAGUUUGGGAACGAGACAUUUAUUAUCCACUUAGACAACGGAAGAGGGUUUGGAAAAUAUUCCCAUGACGAGCUUUCCAUUCUGGUGCCUUUACAGCAGUGCUGCAGGAUCAGGAAGUCCACCUACCUGCGGCUGCAGCUCCUGGCCAAGGAGGAGUACAAGCUGAGCCUGCUGAUGGCCGAGUCCCUGCGGGAGGACCGGGUGGCCCCCAUCCUGUACCAGCCGCACCUGGAGGCCCUGGACCGGCGGCUGCGCAUCGUGCUGCAGGCCGUCAGGGACUGCGUGGAGAAGGACGGGCUGCCCAGCGUGGUGGAGGACGACCUGGACCCCGAGCACAGAGUCUCCACCCGGAGGUAGUGACCGCGAGCCGCCGGCCUGCCGCUGAGGAGGGACACCCGCGCACGCCGUGAAUCCAGCGAAUUCAGACCGGACGGGCUGCUCCUGAGUCGGGGAACGUGAGCCCCCCGGCGGUGGGUCCAACAGGACACGGUUUACUCGUUUUCGAGACCAGAAAAGGCUGGGAGGCGGCUUGUGCUCAUGGACAGAGGCGGCCUGGCGGCGGGUGACCCCCUUUUGUACGGAAAGGAAGACUUUAUUUACUGUUUUAUAUUUAUACAUGGUGUAAAUGUAUAUAAAUAGACAGCCGUCGACACAGACCCCAGACCACCCACCGAAUUCACAAGGACGGCCCCUCGCUCGGCCUCUGCCAGAUUCUCCCGCGAAGCAAAGCCUUCUCGCCUCUGGACCCAACUUGAAAUAAAAACUUUUUCUUCUCCCUUCCCGGGGGCCCCCAGGGCCCCGCACCUCGAGGGCUGAGUCUCAUCCGAGACGCAGGAGGCUCCUGAUGGACUUGGUCUUGUGUGGCUCAGAGUGACGUAACAACCGGUCAUUCCAUUACUCGGUGCCUGCGGUAGCCCAGACUCUCAGCAGAGGGGCCGCGUCUUCCGACCGAGCCCUGGGUCGGGGGUGUAAACACGUCCUGGGUGCCCGCGGGCAGAGUAGGCUUUCCUUGGCAGCGUUUUUGUGGAAUAGUUUGGAAUGUGGUAAAAGUGCAAUAAAGAGACAGCAAAUGUGUUGGGGCCUCGCUGGGUCCCUCUCGCC